AUGCGGCUCUCGACAAGGAUGCAGACCCUUCUGAUAGAGCUUGAGGGAUAUGCCACGGACGGGACCCUUCUGGAUUCGCUUCUUCAGGUGAGUGGAGAAGCCGGCGAUCUUUUUGCGAAGGCGCUUGGACCCAUUUUCGCCGCCGACGAGAGAGAGAGGAGAAGAGAGCUUAACCUAGCUGUGGAUUUUAGGGCGCCGGUGGGGAGAGUGAAGAGGAAACUGCUGCUGGGGAGGAGUCAAGACAUUUGA